GCGAACCACUGCCGAAAACAGGGGGGAGCUGUUUCACAACAGCAGGCUUUCGUCGACUUUUAACCUCUUGUUAUUGACUUGUUGGUGUGUUUCAGACAGGGAUUUUAUGUUGUAACACAUACGCCUCAUAACCGCCCUAAACAGCUCAGCACGGGCGACUCGAGCUCGAUGAGUAAUCCCGCGCUCCCCCAUCCAUAACUUAAGGCGACUUAUUUGAUUGACGGCUCCAUAUUUUUUUGUGUGAUUUUUUCUCGCUGGCUCCAGAAAGGACAAAAACGGGGUAAUACAGACAGAGAGGAAAAGAGGGAGAGAAAAUAACAAACGCAGCUGGAAAGAAAGUGCGAGCUCAAGAGCGCUGGGAGCGACCCAGGAUCAACAUUGUGAAAAAUACAUAGAUAUUUCACAGACAAAGGAGUGUCGACUUUUGCUAAUUUCUUUAUUUUAGGGAACUUGGGCACGCCGACAUCAUAAUUAUUUUGCAUAAGAGGACAUAGUAACGAUCACCAUGACGACUGAAAUGCAGGAUAUCUCCAUCACAGAGGAGAAGCCUUUACUGCCGGGUCAAUCGGACGCUGUGAAGGACGUGGAGAUCGCAGCCCGGAUACUUCUGGAUCAUGGCCAGGAACACACUGUGGAGACGUCUCACGGCGUGCUGCACGUCACGGUUCACGGCGCUGGAAACGUCCGCAGACCGGCCAUUCUGACCUUCCAUGAUGUGGGCAUGGACAGUAAGAGCUGCUUCUCCACCCUGUUUAAGUUUGAGGAGAUGCAGGAGAUCGUGAAGAACUUUACUGUGGUCCACGUGGAUGCUCCGGGACAAGAGGAGGGUGCAGCCAUGUACCCUGCAGGAUACCAGUAUGCAACUAUGGAUCAGAUCUCUGAUAUGCUUCCAGCGGUCCUGCAGUAUUUUAAUUUCCGUACAAUCAUCGGUGUAGGAGUUGGAGCUGGCGCUUACAUACUGUCCAAGUUCACUCUGAGUAACCCUGAGGCCGUGGAGGGGCUUGUUCUGGUCAAUGUGGACACAAACGCUCGAGGCUGGAUGGACUGGGCAGCACAGAAGCUCUCCAACCUGACGUCUUCCCUCUCAGACCAAAUCCUGAGCCACCUCUUCAGUCAGGAAGAGCUGUCUGCAAACACAGAGCUCAUUCAGACUCACAGAGAGAGAAUCUCUAAAGCACCAAACCUCAUCAACAUCGAACUCUUCUGGAAGAGCUACCAGGGUCGUAGAGAUCUGAACAUCGAGAGGAAUAACACAUUCAAGUGUCCUGUGAUGCUGGUGGUCGGAGAUCAGGCUCCAUACGAGGAAGCAGCUGUGGAGUGCAACAGCAAACUAGAUCCAACUACCACCUCCUUCCUCAAGAUGGCUGAUGCCGGCGGGAUGCCACAGCUGACUCAGCCCAGCAAACUGACAGAAGCGUUUAAGUACUUCAUUCAAGGCAUGGGAUACAUGGCCUCGUCCUGCAUGACGCGUCUCUCGCGCUCGCGCACCACCUCGCUCUCCUCCUCCUACUCCAUGGAGGGCUCGCGCUCCCGAUCCCGCACGCUGUCCCAGAGCGAACAGGGCGGACAGCUGCCCCCGAGCCCGUCCCAAACCAUGGAGGUGUCGUGCUGAGGGGCGCCAGAGCGGGGGGAGAGAGGUGCACGGAUGGAUGAAGCGCUGGAGUCCUCUGGGAAAGUGAGUUCUGUGCGUGAAGACGGGCGGAUGAUGACGACUCUCUCCCUCCCUCCCUUCACCCUUCACCGACCCGUCAGGCAGAUGAUAGAGCCAUUUAACUCUGUGGCAUGGGCGGGGCCUCUAGUGAGACCCACAUUUAGUGUUAACCAAUAGUAAUACUUCUAAUAUGAAUAUUGAUUAUUAAUAUUAAUAACGACGAGUGUCACUGAAAAAGAAAAAUAACAAUGUUUCUCUUAAUUACAUGUUGAAUUUCUAAACAAAAGAAUAGAGAAAAGAGUAUAUAAGCUCAUAAUAUGUGUCUAUCAACUUCUAUGUGAUUAUUAUUUUUUGGUGUGUGUGUUUUGUUUUUUUUUUCUUUAGUUUUUGUAUUUUGUAUUAUUUUCUUCUGUAAUACAAUCCUGCUGCUGUGAGAGGAGUACAGUAUUUUCGGAGACGUUGGUGAAAGUUUUAGGCCGAAGUACUCGUCUCUGUCGAUGACAGCCACCUCAUGUCUUCCAUUUGCCCUUAAAAGAAGCUAUAUACAUUAAAAGCGAGAAAGAUAAAAUACUGUAAUUGUAUUAUCUUACUUUGAUUUGUUUGGUUUCAGGGUUAGGGCCAUUGGGGUCUUUGCCUGUUUUGAAAUGCAUGCCGAAAUUUCAUUGACCUCGUCAGUCUCUUAUUUUUUUUUGUUUUUAAGUAUUUUACAUUUGUUUAAUGACAGUGAGAGUGUGAGAGUGCGAGAGAACAACAAAAAAGACACAAGGGUCAUUGUUUUGAUGUCAUGUGACAUGAUGGUCACAUUUUAGGCCACUUCUGUAAUCGGAUUUAUUUUUAUAGAAACUGGAUAAAGCCUAAAUGUCGGACGGGGUUUCAGUUUAUCAGUGGGGAAUUGAUUAAUGGUGUCUAGCUUAUAUGAUGGUGGUUGGGAAUAAAAUAAAUUGAUGACGGCAGCCGUAAAGGAAAGUUGUUUCAAAGGUCGACCGAGUUUGAUGAAAGAUUAUGAAGUCUAGCCUACUCAAGUAAAUAAUGUUGAUUUCAAGAUGACGUUCAGUUGAAAGAGAGCACGAUUAGUAAAAUAAUUGGACUAGUGCUUCCAACAGAGUGUGUUUAUGUGUACAGCAAAAUGCUGAUAACUAUUAAAAAAUUUGGUCAUUGUAAAAAACCCAUCUCGAGGAUUUACUGCAAAUCAUAAACCAAUGAUAACGCAACAAAAUAUUUCUGUUUACAUGAGAUAAAAAAAAAGCUCCCAGUCAUAAUCAAAAAUGCUUUUCAGCUUGCAGAGAAUAUUUAUGAAUGGUAAAUUUUGAAAUAUGUUCCCAGAUAGCAAGCAAUUUCGGCCCAGAACCGGCCCACAUCUGGCCCGUGUGAAAUCCAUGCGUGCAAAAUGUGGGCCAGAUCUUGGCCGAAAUUGCUUGCUGUCUGGGUUCCAGCUUUAUGAAAAAUUGGUUCAGCUUGUGUGUUGUGAAUGAGUCAACAGAACAGCAUUAAAGUAAUUUAAACCCUGUCUCAUGAGAAAACAGUCUAUUUGCGAAUUUGAACGAUUUGAUUUGUGCAAUUUUUAGAAUUCAUAAAAUUCGCCAAAUUGUAAAAUACUUAAAAACUGUCAUCAGAGUGUCUUGGGCAUUUACAUGAUUAAGUGUUUGGCUUCUAGAGGCUUUCCCAAAUAAAAGGCCACCAUUUAAGAAAUUAUUAAGCAUUGACACAAAAUUGCAUGUAAACACACUUUCCAGCUCUAACCUCAUCCACUAGUUUGAGAAAUAAAAUACCUGAAGGAUGAAUAAUAAGGAACUACUGAUCUGUAAAGAGAAGAUCAUCUGCCAUGUGCGUUUUUCACCCGAGGUGGCGAUUUUGUAUAAAUUCAUACGAUUUGAUUUGUAGGGAAACAUACAAUAUAAAGAAUAAAAAUAAUCAUACAAGUCCACCUCUAAACUUAACGGUUAAGUGCAGACAAAUUCAUACAACUUAGCCACCAAUUCACCAAAGCGUAAAAUGCUUAGGCCUACAAAUUGCCAUGAGAGUGAGUUGUGAGUUUUUGGAUGUGUAGCCUGCCUUAAAUUGGUGGACAUAUUUUUUAGAGUACAGUAUCAUUGUACCGCAGAUAUGACUAUGAUCACCAGCUAGUAGCUAGUCUACUGUGGUAUAUAACAAAGGCCCAUUGUUUUGCCACCUGAUACCCUGAAAGUGUCACGGUACGGUCACAGUACUUUGUUUUAACCCUGUUAGUCUGCUAGAGGUGUUUGUUUGGAAACGUUGAGGGGGGCCUCAUGGUGAUGCUGACGUUUGUCUUUCAAUGGAAUUUCCUCAUUUUAAGGUAACGUGAGAGCACCAGCACAACUUAGAAGUGUACUUAUAGCCAUGGUGUGAUCUAAUGCUGAACCAUAGAGACUUGUACACAGAGUAAAACAGUACGUGUUGGCAUGCCUGAGCGUGCGUGCAGUCCUUUAACUUUAAAGCACAAUGAGAGAAUUAUGUGUGAGUUUGUUCAGAAGAAAGGCGGUGCUUCAGAGCGCUUGUGUCAAAUUCACUUUGCUGACUAACCAGCCCCUUCACUGCCAGCAGGGUUUAGCCAUGUUAGUGACCCAUUAGCUCCAAGAGAUCUUCCAAUCGGCAAGCCACUGAGAUUAGCAGGUUAUCAUAGCUGAAAAGUUUCAACCUAUAGAAAUGUUUAUAUAGAGCGCUCCAAAAAAUACUUUUUUUUUGCGAUAUAUAUUUUUUUUCAUGAUCGCUAACACUUGCCAAUAACAACAUAGACCAAAACCUAAAGCAUUGUAACAAUCACAUUCAGCAAAACACUGCCCUGAAAACGACAAUAAAUCGGAAUAAUCAAAGUUAAUUGGAAAGUUCGUACAGCGUACGUUAGUUUUUUCUUCUUUCUUUUUUAUCCCGUUCUAGAGAUGUUUCUCUUGUUCAUGCCAGAAUGUUUUAAUGGAUUGCGUAAGUGGGAAACCUGGGCUUUUUCUUCUUUGUUUCGAAUUGAAAUUUGAAUUAAAUGUUUAUAACUGCGUCUAGCGAAAAGACUGCAAGAUCAUCCCAGAUUCACAAGAGCCUUUACCAAAAAUAGAAAUAGAUCUGACAUUUUUGCCAAAUACAUAGAGAAAUAACCUUAAUAAAGGUGAGAAUACUGGCACAAUAAAAUACAAAUAAUGGGGAAAGGAAUGGAUAAUGUUGUGUUGGGACGGUGUGAAUGUAAAUGUGUGUCCCUUUUUAAUUUUUAACUGUCCUCAAUGAAAUCCUUUUAUUUUCUGUGAAAUAGAUUUACGUCUCAAUGUCCUCAUGGAUUAGACAUCAGUGUGCUAGUUCUUGUGUAACUUUUCUUAGCUUUAGCACUUAAAAAGGAAAUAAUGUAAUUAACAACAAAAAAAAAAAUUAUAAUAAAAUGUUAUGAAUAACAGAAUGCAAAAUAAUUUGUGUGGCUAAUUUCUCUGUGUAAUACUAUGAACAACUGGAAAAAAAAAGUAAUUAAAGGGAUCAAAAUGA